UCCGGCAGCUGCUUAAAAUGGACUAAAACCUGAAGCUUUCUCCGUCGUACGCUGUGGAAGCUGUGCAUGUUUGAGGAGCCAGCCGGUGGACGCUGUGAAGGCAAGUGAGUCAUGUCUGCUGGCAGCAUCGACAGUCUGAGACGCAGCUCAAGCCCCUGGAGGCAAAGCCAAGAGUCAUUUCAUGAGGAGCACUGUAUGGACAUGCAACCUGUUCCGGAGCCAAAGCUGGUUCACAAAUCCCUCCUUAACGAUGCUAACGGGAAGGAGUCCGAAACCAUCAGCUUCAUUCCUGGUUCAGCCAAGCCUUCGAAUGAAUCACAAACCUGCAAUCCCUGCUUUCCUCAGAGGAGCUGUAAGAGUUUAGUGUGCAGCGUGAUCACCUGUGGCCUGUACAGGGUGUGCCAACGCUCGAUCUUCACACCGUGUUUGGCACCAAACGAGAAACUCCCGGAUGAACCGGAGAAGGUGAACCUCCGAGCUGUCAAUUCUGGAGACACCAAAGAAGUGGUUGACACAGACUGGUCUGAUUUUCGCAUCAACGGAGUCAAAGUGACCAGUCCAAAAAAAUAUUUAGACAUUGACACGAGUUUGCCAACAUACGCACCUUCAUCUGGUGUUCAAACCCAGCCAGGAUCUUUGUUGCCUGAGUCCAUGAGGUUCGAGGACUGGGAAGAUGGUGACGGAGACGUGGACUCCCUGAUCACCAAGAAGCUGCUGGAGCUCUACUCUGAGUAUCAGAUUGAAGAGCUGGCUCGGUGCACCUCGGACUCCCUGUUUGUGAGAAAGAGCAAGGCCAUCACCCAGCUAAUCAACUCCUUGGCAGAGGAACACAAAAUGAACGAGCAGGAAGCUGAGUGCCGGCUGGUGCGGGGCAUCAUCCGGAUCAGCACCCGUAAAAACAAGAAGAGGCCUCCCUCUUCCCGGGUUGAAAAGAUGCUGUCGGACAGCGGGAAUGAGACGAUGACUGCGAGCGCAUCCUUUCCUGAAAGCAAGAACAAUAACAGGUCUGAUCCUGAUUUCCAAAUAUCUGAUUUGACUUCGUCCGACAAGUUUGCUAGAGAAAUAUGGAGAAACAACGGAGGUCAUACUUUAAGUUCUCCAACAGAGUAUUCCUCUGCCCACACCCAGUCUUCCGGUGUCCCGCUGAUCCGCUCCUCAGUGAGGACAUGA